GCUGAGCUGGACUAACGACAACAACAACAACAACACGAGAUAUUAGCUUGUUUGUUAGUAUUGUAGAUUUCUUGCGCUUUAUUUACAAAUAAAUCGCUUUUCUAUGAGAACAUAGAAAUUGGAAUUUUCAAUAAUGGACACAGAAACUAAUUUAGGAAUAAAAGUUGAAAAGGAAGCCAAUAUGGACGAUAGCGAUGACAGCUUUGAAGAAUAUACGCUUAUUGGCCCGGAAUGCAAACAAGAGGACGAGAUGCACAUAACUCAUUUUGAGAAUGACGACUCUUCACAGCCAACAACUACUGAUAAAGGAAAUAAACGCAAGUUUGCACAAAGUGCUAGGUUUAUCAAUUGUCACACGAGAAAACUUGUCGUAAAUCAUUUCAUAACUAAUGGAUGGAGUUCAAAGAGCUACAAAGAUUUACGCAAAAAAGUAAAGGAGAUUUAUUACCAGCAGUAUACUCCUGUGCUCAUUCAACAAGCUAGAGAAGCUCAACAGUAUGUCUAUCAAGAAUGUGAUUCAUUGUGCUUUGGAAAUAUCAACGCUUGGUUAGAGACUUUUAAAGAAAUGAAUGUCCCUGCGAAUAGCUUCUACGAGCCCGCAAUCAUAAUGAAUGCCAUAGUGAAUAAUGAGAUGUUGCCAAGACCCGAAGAACUGGGAGGAGUUAACCUGAAACAAAUUUACUCAUUUCUUUGCAAUGGUUUAAUGGGCUUACCUCAACCAGCAAUGGAUCUAACAUCGGCAAAGUUUUUAGCAAAAGAAUUUGAGACUCUCAUAGAUGAAGCCAAUUCAGAACUUGCCGAUUCUCAAACACUUUAUAUGAAACAAAAAAUUAGACAAAAAUUUUCUAAGAAAGUCAAGGCGACGCCAUCGAGUAUGGAUCCUCUUUGGUUAACUGAGGGCACCAUACUAGAAGAUAAAUUAUUGAACAAAAGUGUAGCUAUGACUAAGACCAAACCUAAAACCAAAGCGACACAAAAACGUAAACAUCCCGACGAUAAUGGAAAAGAAGACAAGCAACAAAUGUCAACUGUUGAUGAUGAGAGUACAACAACUAAGGAGGAGAAUAUUGCAAAAAAACCAAAACGAAAACCUAAAAAUGUGGAUGAUAAUGGGCAAGAGAAAAUGUCCACCUUACCAAGCGAGAUUCAACAACAACAAGCUUCAAGUGUCCAAAAUCAGAGCACUAUUGUCAAAGAGGAAAAAGUUGUACCGAAACAUCGGCAUGACGAUGAAUUUGGGCAACAGGAGUUUUUAAACUUGCCCACUGAGGUUCCUAGAGUGCCAACCGUACAUAACGAUGUUAUUGUACCUAAAGAAGAGCAGGUUUCUCAACCUUAUAGCAAAUUAUUCAGUAUUCUUACAAAUCCCAAACUUGAGCCAAUACUUUAGAAAUACCUUUCCGUAGUACGAAAUGUAA